AUGAAUAAAUAAUUCAUGAUAUUUGCAUUGUUGCUAACUUUAGCAGCAAGUCAAACCUAUAGUAUAACAUCAUGCACAUGUGCAUAAUUGUUAUCAGAAGGAGAUUGUUUAAAAAAUACUACACUUGGUUGUGCAUGGGACAGCACAAAAAAGGCUUGUGCAGUUUCUACAACACCCGUCACUCCAACAGUGACCUAUGCUGCAUAUUGUGAUACCUUUGCUGAAACAGAUUGUCCAAAGGCAAAACCUUGUACAGAUUGUGGAAGUUAUGCUGCCUGCGCAUGGGUUGAUAAAAAAUGUACCUUCUUCACAGGAUGUACAGCCUUUGCAAAAACAACAGACGGUGACUGUUAAGCAAUAAGUAAUAGAUGUAUUACAGAUGGAACUCAUUGUGUUGAAGUCGAUGCUUGCAGCACAUACAAGAAAUAACUUCCUUGCGUGAAAAAUGCAGCUGGUAGCUUAUGCUAUUGGGAUACAACAAAUAACACUUGUGUAGAUGCUAACACUUGUGAUAAAUUGCCUGCAACAUUCGCUACAGACAAAGAUUGCAGAGAUGUCAUUUCAACUUGCACAACAAAGACUGGAGGUGGAUGUGUUGAUAGUGGAAAUAAUUGCAGUGAUUAAACAUUAGAAAUUCAAUGUUUGCAUGUUAUUGGGAUGGAGCUGCCUGCAAAGACAGAAUUUGUGAUAAUGCACCAACAUCAUUAACAAACCCGAUGA